AGGAGGAGGAAGAUGGAGGCGGCGGGGAAAGAGACCUAGGGAGCGGGAGAGCGAGAGGGCAUGGAAAGGGCAGGGGGCUCCCGAGGAUGAGGGCUCUCUCUCGGGGGGUGUAGGGGCCGGCGGCGAGGAGGCUCGACUUCCAUCUCCGGAGGCUGCGGACGGGGGUCUUUCCCGCGGGAUGCGGAGGAGGGGGCAGCUCCAGGUUUAAGACCCCCUCCUGCCCCACCAGGAUGUGGACCGGACCAGGCAGGGGGCUUUGCCUGCUGGGACCGCUGCUGCUGCUGCUGCGAGCAACUUGUAUGGCUGUGCAAUUUGUUCCUGCAAAGACCUACGAGGACUGGUGGGCAUACAAGGAAACACUUCAUGGAAGCUUUGUGCCAGGUCCUCCAUUCUGGGGUCUUGUGAAUUCAGCGUGGAGCCUCUGUGCCAUUGGCAAACGCCAGUCUCCAGUGGAUGUCAACACCAGCCAAAUGAUAUUUGACCCCUUCCUCCCUCCACUUCGACUCAGCAUUGGUGGAAAGAAGAUUAGUGGAACCAUGUACAACACAGGCCGGCACGUCUCUUUUCGUCCAGAUCCGCUACAACUGGUUAAUGUUUCAGGUGGGCCUCUGCCUUACAGUCACCGGCUCCAAGAGAUACGGCUGCAUUUUGGCAGUGAAGACGGGUUUGGCUCAGAGCACCGGAUAGAUGGUGACAGCUUUUCUGCUGAGGUGCAGCUGAUCCACUACAAUCAAGAACUCUACCCCAAUAUUUCAGAAGCUUCACGCAAUCCCAAUGGUUUGGCUGUCAUUUCAAUCUUUGCCAAUAUUGGACCAAAUCCUAACCCUUUCCUGACCAGGCUGUUAAACAGAGAAACUAUUACCCGGAUCUCAUAUAAGAAUGAUGCUUAUCUUCUACAUGAUCUGAGCCUUGAAGAUCUUUUUCCAGAGACGUUUGGUUUUGUCACUUACCAAGGAUCCAUGUCAACCCCUCCAUGCUACGAAACAGCCACCUGGAUCCUCAUUGACCGCCCUGUCAAUAUUACCUCUGUUCAGAUUCACUCCCUUCGUCUUCUCAGUCAGAACCUCCCUUCUCAAAUUUUCCGGAGCAUGAGUGACAACUCGAGACCUCUCCAGCCCCUUUUACACCGAAGCCUUCGGGGCAACCGAGACCCACGGCGCCCCACUAAACGUUGCAAAGGAGCCUCCUACAGGCUACAUGUUGAUGGAACACAGGCUCCCAAAACAGCCAUGUAGUUCUGUGGCAACCUGUUUUGUCCUCCUGAAUGCCCGAGUGUGACCAUCGCUCACAAUUCAGUGUCUGACUGAGGAAGCUACAACCUCCCAUCGCUGAAUGAUUGCUAUGGCUUCCAUUGUGGGAAAGGCAACAUGUGGGCUACCAGGGAACCAGGCUGGAAUACUUGCCUUGGGGUGUUUGGAAAACAAGGAUCACAAUAUGGUUGGGUUGCCAAAGGCUUAAACAAUGAAAUGAGGGCUAUUAAUUUGCAGAAUAUGGCAUGCCUCCCCUGAUGGUAUAGCGUAACGCUAAAAGAAGGUGGGGGCAUCCAGAAAUGUGAGGACUAGAACCUUCACAUUGCCUCCCUGCGUCUCCUAAAGCAACGCUGUCUGUUCUGGAGAUCAAAUAUAUUCAAAAAUGUUAUAUUCAGUCAUAAAUGUUAGGUGGAGGGAAUUUACCCAAAUGAUAGGCAGAGCAGCUAAGCUGUAUCAGGCAGACAGCUGUAUUCCAAAUACUGUAUGCAUCUUAGAAUGUUUGGUUGGAAACAGAAAUGCAGAGGAAUGUCCUCAUCAUACCCUAGGGAGCCCCCAGUAUGUUUACGGGGCAUUCUUGAGACCCUCGGGAGACAUUGGGCUUACAAUAGGGUAGUUUUCUCAAAGACUUAAAAUGCCAUGAAACUCAGGAAGUUUAAGAGGGGGGAACAGCAUUACAUGGGCAUAACCCCACAAACUCUAAGCUUCAUUUGUUAUUGUUAAGAAGAGUUAAUACACUUGGAACUUUAAUCUGGGUAAAACUUGAGAGAAUCUGAGGUGGAAAAAUAGGAAUAUGAUCUCCCUUCCAAAUCUCUCUAUCCUGGGGGUUUGGGAGAACAGAUAAAAUAAGGGAUCUGUGCUUAUCAUUUCAUUCUGAAUGGCCUUCAACAGCCCUAACUGUGAAACAGGAGAGGGAGUAUUUUUAUUGCCAAAAGAACCCACCUUUUGAAUAUUGAUAAGUAUUAUUAAUUUAAGAAAAACACUGGUUUUCCAAACAAG